AUGUCAGACGCCGAUUUCGAGACCGUCCGACGCCUGCAAGCGGAGCGCAACGCUGCCGCGGCCGCGAAAAAAGACUCUUUGUCAUUCGACCCCUCCACGCAGCGCUCCAGUGUCUCCGCCGGCAAAGUCUCAGUCACCGAGAGUCUUGAUACCGACCUCUAUGAUGCCAGUUCGAAUGGCGUGAACAAGUAUGCUGGGUAUCACACCUCCAUUGCCGCCAAUGGCGAUGACGAUGAAGAGAUGCCUGACUCCGACACCUCGAGGCGCCUCAUCGGAAACUACACGGCGAGCAAGGAGCAGAUGAACGAAUUCUCGACUGGAGGCGCGGAAGAAGAGGAUAUCCUGUUGGGGAGGGAGAAGAGCGCGCGCAUUGCGGAUCGGGAAACCGACUAUCAGAAACGGCGGUUCGAGAGAGGGCCAUUAACGCCUACGCGCGCUGACCCGUUUGCAGCGAACAAGCAUGCGGGUGCGGCGCAGGAGGGGGGAAGUACAUAUCGCGAAGUCAUGCAGAUGCAGGACUUGGAACGGGAGGAAGAGAGAGUACGGAAGCUCAUCGAAGAGAAAGAAGCGAAGGCUGCGCUUCAUGGAGAUGCGGACGAUGAUGAUGUUGUGGUCGAGCACAAGCCCACGCUCAAGGAGGCUGAGGACAAGGAGAAUGCGGACAAGGGCAGCACAGUCGAGGCCACUGGGCGCAAACGCAAGAAGAGGUGGGAUGUUGCGACUGAUACUACGCCGGCAGCGGAGGGAGAGCCGAAGAAGCGGUCGCGCUGGGAUCAGGCACCUGGUAUCGAUGGUCAGCCUGCGCCGGCCAAGAGGUCAAGGUGGGAUCAAGCACCUGCACUAGGCGACGGUGGCGCAGCUCCGGCUGCCGCUCCUGCGCCAGCGUUGCUUGGUGCCGACGGCGGAGCCAAGGGAGUGUGGACUGAUGAAGACCUGGAUGCCAUGCUGCCCAGCGAGGGCUACACAAUUCUUGAACCUCCUCCGGGUUACGAGCCGAUCCGACAGGCCGCACGGCGAGCUAUGCCUGCUUCGGCGUCCAGCUCGACAGGUAUUGGUGGCUUCAUGAUGCAAGAACCCGAAAACCCUCGCUCGAUGGGUAAGCAGCUACCGACAGAAAUUCCUGGUGUUGGCGACCUGCAGUUCUUCAAAGCCGAGGAUAUGCAAUAUUUUGGCAAGCUCGUUGAUGGUUCUGACGAGAAUGCCAUGUCUGUCGAGGACCUUAAGGAACGAAAGAUUAUGAGGCUAUUGCUCAAGGUCAAGAACGGAACACCACCCAUGAGGAAAACGGCGCUCCGACAGCUUACAGACAACGCUCGGCAAUUUGGCGCUGGUCCACUCUUCAAUCAGAUUCUCCCACUACUGAUGGAGAAAUCACUAGAGGAUCAGGAGCGGCAUUUGCUCGUCAAGGUUAUCGAUCGUGUGCUAUACAAGCUGGACGACCUGGUGCGGCCGUACACGCACAAAAUCCUGGUGGUUAUUGAGCCGUUGCUUAUCGACCAAGACUACUACGCUCGUGUUGAGGGUCGCGAAAUCAUUUCUAAUUUGUCGAAAGCUGCUGGUCUGGCACAUAUGAUCAGCACGAUGAGGCCCGAUAUCGAUCACGUCGAUGAAUACGUCCGGAAUACAACCGCCAGAGCCUUUGCUGUCGUUGCGUCAGCAUUGGGUAUUCCAGCACUACUGCCCUUUCUCAGAGCUGUUUGCAGAAGUAAGAAGUCGUGGCAGGCUAGGCACACAGGUGUGAAGAUCAUCCAGCAGAUUCCUAUUCUUAUGGGCUGCGCGAUUCUGCCUCACCUGAAAGGACUAGUCGAUUGCAUCGGCGACAAUCUUCAAGAUGAGCAGGCUAAGGUGAGAACGGUGACAUCCCUAGCCAUUGCCGCUCUCGCCGAGGCUGCCAAUCCUUACGGCAUCGAGUCAUUCGACGAUAUCUUGAAUCCGCUGUGGACUGGCGCUCGCAAACAACGCGGCAAGGGUCUAGCAGGUUUCCUGAAAGCCGUGGGAUACAUCAUCCCCUUGAUGGACGAAGAGUACGCCAAUUACUAUACCAGUCAGAUCAUGGAGAUAUUGCUACGGGAGUUCCAGUCGCCGGACGAGGAGAUGAAAAAAGUCGUCCUCAGGGUCGUGUCACAAUGUGCUAGUACAGAUGGUGUCACCGCAGGCUAUCUGAAGGAGCACGUUCUAGCUGAUUUCUUCAAGAAUUUCUGGGUUCGACGGAUGGCCCUCGACAAACGCAAUUAUCGACAAGUCGUGGAGACGACGGUCGACCUUGGCCAGAAGGUUGGUGUCAGCGAAAUCGUUGAACGCAUCGUCAACAACCUCAAAGACGAGUCUGAAGCUUACCGCAAAAUGACGGUGGAAACCAUCGAGAAGGUUAUCGCCGCUCUCGGUGCCGCUGAUAUCGGCGAGCGUCUUGAGGAGCGCCUCGUCGACGGCAUGCUGUUCGCAUUUCAAGAGCAAUCUAUCGAAGACAUCGUCAUGCUCAAUGGCUUCGGCACCGUCGUGAAUGCUCUCGGCGUUCGGUGUAAGCCUUACCUUCCACAAAUCGUAUCCACUAUCUUGUGGCGUCUCAACAACAAAUCUGCCACGGUCCGUCAACAGGCGGCGGAUCUCAUCUCCCGUAUUGCCAUGGUGAUGAAGCAGUGCGGCGAGGACGCCCUCAUGGGAAAGCUCGGCGUCGUUCUAUACGAGUACCUGGGUGAAGAGUAUCCUGAAGUGCUUGGCUCGAUCCUCGGAGCCCUACGCUCCAUCGUCACCGUCGUGGGUAUCACACAAAUGCAGCCGCCGAUCCGCGACCUCCUACCACGGUUAACCCCCAUUCUCCGCAAUCGUCACGAAAAGGUGCAAGAAAACACCAUCGACCUCGUUGGCCGUAUCGCCGACCGUGGACCCGAAUCUGUCAACGCCCGUGAAUGGAUGCGGAUCUGCUUCGAGCUACUCGACAUGCUCAAGGCGCACAAGAAGGGUAUCCGCCGCGCGGCCAACAACACUUUCGGUUUCAUUGCCAAGGCCAUCGGCCCGCAAGACGUGCUGGCGACGCUGCUCAACAAUCUUCGCGUGCAGGAGCGCCAGUCUCGGGUGUGCACGGCGGUAGCCAUCGGCAUCGUGGCCGAGACGUGCGCGCCGUUCACUGUGCUCCCCGCGCUGAUGAACGAGUACCGCGUGCCCGAGCUGAACGUGCAGAACGGCGUGCUCAAAUCGUUGAGCUUCCUGUUCGAGUACAUCGGCGAAAUGGCCAAGGACUACGUCUACGCCGUCACGCCGCUGCUCGAGGACGCCCUCAUCGACCGCGACCAGGUGCACCGCCAGACCGCCGCCAGCGUGGUCAAGCACAUCGCCCUAGGUGUCGUGGGGCUCGGGUGCGAGGAUGCCAUGGUCCAUUUGUUGAACCUCCUGUACCCGAACCUCUUCGAGACGAGCCCGCACGUCAUCGACCGCAUCGUCGAGGCUAUCGAGGCCAUCAGGAUGGCGGUGGGUACGGGCAUCGUCAUGAAUUACGUUUGGGCCGGGCUUUUCCAUCCCGCCAGGAAGGUCAGAGUGCCGUACUGGCGGCUGUAUAAUGAUGCGUAUGUGGCGGGUGCGGACGCGAUGGUGCCAUAUUAUCCGAAUCUGGGUGGCGAAGGCGUCGCGAGGCCGGAGUUGGAGGUGCUGUUGUGA